AUGUCAUCCGAACAAGAGACGAAGAGCACCGAAGAAACCCAUAUCGGCGGAAACCUUGACGCCGCUGGAUCUGCUUCAGGUGCUGCGAGCAUUGGAGCAAACGCCUCAAAGCAGUCUGAAGAAAGACGAAAGCCCAAAAAGCUCGGCCAGAAAGGUCAGGCAAACGGUGAAAAAGCAGCUGCAGACGGCGAAGGCGAAGCAGACGCCAAUCCAGACCAACCUCCAACACCACAACCAAAGAUGGACUCGCAGGCAGCAACAUCAGCCCGCUCCGGGUCUCGACGUGGUAGCCGAGGUCGCGGCCGAGACUCAAGUGAGCCACCCAGUGAUGCUGACAACGCAUAUCGAAGCGACGUUUCCCAGAAAGGUGGCCGACGAAACAGAAACCGGAACAGAGGCAAGGCACAGGCCCAGACACAGGCCCAGUCACAACAGCAAGGGAGGGGCGGCCUCCUCGGCGGCGGCGGCGGACCACUCGACGCAGUUGAUGAGGUCGGCGACACAGUGAACGGUGUCGUCGACGGCGCCGGAAAUCUCGUGAACGACACCGUGGGCAAGACCUUGAGCAAACCUCACGAAGCCCUAGGAGGACUGCUGCACAGCAAAGGCGGCAAGGAAGGCGAGGGAGAAGGCGGCGACUCCGAAGACAACGAGCAACUGAGAUUACGACUCGACCUGAAUCUGGACAUUGAAGUCCAACUCAAGGCCAAAAUCCACGGCGACUUGACUCUCGGCUUAUUGAACUAG